GCUCCAACCGAAUUUAUUGUUAUUUAUCCGGUUAAAACUUGCAAUUUAGAAAAUCUUUAACGAAAAUGCCACCGAAGAAGGACGCCAAGGGCGGCAAGGACGCGGGCAAAGGUGGCAAAAAGCCAGCCGCCGAGGACAAGUCUGCCGGCAAGGAGAAGAAGGGAGGCAAUGCCGUAAAGGUGCGCCACAUCCUGUGCGAAAAGCAGGGCAAGAUCACCGAGGCCAUGGAGAAGCUGAAGGCGGGCCAGAAGUUCCCCGAGGUGGCGGCCGCCUACAGCGAGGACAAGGCGCGAUCUGGCGGAGAUCUCGGCUGGCAGAUCCGCGGAGCGAUGGUGGGUCCCUUCCAGGACGCCGCCUUCGCGCUGCCCAUUUCCACCGUCAACAAUCCCGUGUACACAGAUCCCCCGGUGAAGACCAAGUUUGGCUACCACAUCAUCAUGGUGGAGGGAAAGAAAUGAGGGGGUUGAUUUUAUAAAUCGAAUUUUAUUGUGA